UAAUUAUUUUGCAAUUCCCCUUUCCUUAACAGACUCUCCCACCAACGACACUAUAAGCUGUUCGCAAAACCUUAUAAUUCUCUGUUGCUUUGUCUCUCUCGCAUGCAACCCAAAUUCAUAGUUUUAGUUUGGGUCACUGCGAGGAAAAGCUUUUGGAGCAGUGGUCUUGGCAACGGGAACUUCUCCGGCUUAGUGUCUCCACAUUUCUGGACAAAAUUGAAGUGAUAUGGAGCAAACAGAACCACCCAAGUCCCGUUCGAAAGUGGAGAUAGAGAUGGAGUUGGACAGAAUCAGCAACUUACCAAGUGAUGUUAUAGUUAAAAUUCUGUCAUGUUUGACUCUUAAGGAGGCAGUGAGGACAAGUGUUCUUUCGAGCAGGUGGAGGAACAGAUGGGCUAUGCUUUCAGGACUUAUAUUUGAUGAGAAGUGUUUCUCGACUGAAAACUGUGCAACCUUCGUGAACAUUGUUUAUCAUGUACUCUUAAGUCACAUUGUCCCAGUAGAGAAGUUUGUGCUUUCUCACCCACAUCUUAUACCUACAAUAGAUAUUGAUCGAUGGGUUCUUCAUCUAUCAAGAAACUCUAUUAAAGUUUUCGAACUUCGUAUUCCUGAUGGGCCUCAAUACGAGAUGCCAUUACGUUUCUUUUCUUAUCAAGAUAUGAUUGAGCUGAAGUUAUCUCAGUGCUUGCUGAAACCUCCAACCACAUUCAAAGGCUUCAGAACUUUGAAGAUGGUUAGAUUUCAGCGUGUUGCCUUGGCCCAAGAUGUGUUGGAAAAUCUGAUUCUUUGCUGUCCUCUGCUGGAGAGUUUGACAAUUAUAAAAUGUAUUGGCUUUACCCAUCUCAAGAUUGAUGCCCCAAAUCUUCGAUUCCUUUCUUUCUCUGGUCGCUUGGAAGAUGUUAGUCUUCAGAAUACCUUAAAUCUUGCUGUUGUUCGCUUUAAUCCUUGGCGCAUUUAUCACAGACAAGAUCAUGUCAGUUCUUCCAAUUUGGCAAAAUUUUUCGUUGACCUGCCUCAUAUUCAGAGGCUCACAAUUGAUGGUGCGGCUGUACAGUAUUUAGCUGUUGGUGACUUGCCUGGAAGGCUCCCCAAACCAUGUCUACAUCUAAAUUUUCUUUCUCUCCUCCUAAGCUUUAAUGUUCUUGCGGAAAUUUUAACUACUAUAUAUCUUCUGAGAAGCUCCCCUGCUCUGAAAGUACUACAUGUUAUGGUCCGCCUCAGCCUUCUUCAGCGCCUCAACCGUCUUCAUUCUGUUAAAGAAGAAGCAAAGUCUUGGUUGGAUAACCUAGAUGACGACAUAAAUUGCUCAUUCCCCAAACUGCAAUUUGUUCAAAUAACCGAAUUUUCUGGUAGCAAAGCUGAACUAGAUUUCAUCAAAUUUUUGCUUGUAAAUUCACCCGCGCUUGAGACGAUGACUAUUAGGGCUUUAUCCGCCGAUGGUUCUUCAGAAGUUUUAAAGAAGUUGCUCCAGUUAAGGCGGACCUCAAGUGCAGAGAUUAUAUACUUGGAUCCCUGAUUCAUCAAUGAGUCUCGACAGCAGCCAUUCAUCAAUGAGUCUCUACAGCAACCACUAACAAAACUUGGUUGAAGAUAAUGUGUAUUUGUGCAGUCUUUAAUCUCUGUUUGUCUGAAGUCUGAACAAUGUAGCAUAUGGGUAGAAUGUUAAUUAUUCCAACUUUCC